AUGUUGAAUCCGCACGUGUUAGAUUCUCCUGCGGUGAUUUUUGACAAUGGGUCAGGGCUCUGCAAGGCUGGCCUCUCGGGCGAGAUUGGACCCCGCCAUGUCAUCAGCUCCAUCAUAGGACAUCCGAAACUCAAGACUGCUUCAGCCGGAGCCAACCAGAAGAAGUACUUUGUUGGGGAGGAAGCGCUAUACAAGUAUGAGACCUUACAGUUGCACUACCCCAUUGAGCGCGGCCUAGUCACAAACUGGGACGACAUGGAGAAGCUCUGGCAGCACCUUUUCGAGUGGGAGCUGGGUGUGAAACCCAACGAGCGACCUGUGCUCAUGACUGAGCCCUCCUUGAACCCCCGGGAGAACCGCGAGAAGAUGGCAGAGGUCAUGUUUGAGACCUUCAAUGUGCCUGCUUUCUACCUAUCAGACCAGGCGGUGCUAGCGCUCUAUGCCUCUGCCUGUGUCACUGGCCUGGUGGUAGACAGUGGGGAUGGAAUCACUUGUACCGUUCCCAUCUUCGAGGGCUAUUCCCUGCCACAUGCUGUCACCAAGCUCUAUGUGGCAGGAAGGGACAUCACGGAGCACCUCAGCCGGCUCCUCCUGGCCAGUGGCCACACCUUCCCCUGCACACUGUACAAGACCCUGGUGAACGACAUCAAAGAGAAGCUGUGCUACGUGGCCUUGGAGCCGGAUAAGGAGCAGUGCAGGAUGCUGGAGGGAGUCCUGAAAGAGUACAAGCUGCCUGAUGGGAACAUUAUCCACCUCGGGAAUCAGAUCUUCCAGGCACCUGAGGCCCUCUUUGUGCCAGACCAGAUGGGCAUCCACAGCCCAGGGCUUCCCAAAAUGGUCUCCAGCAGUAUCAUGAAGUGUGAUGUCGAUAUCCAGAAGACCCUCUUUGGGGAGAUUGUGCUGUCCGGGGGCACCACACUGUUCCCGGGGCUUGACGACAGGCUCCUGAGAGAGCUGGAGCAGCUGGCUUCCAAAGGGGUCCCCAUCAAGAUCACAGCACCCCCUGACCGGUGGUUCUCCACGUGGAUUGGUGCCUCCAUCGUCACCUCGCUUAGCAGCUUUAAGCAGAUGUGGGUCACCAUGGCAGAUUUCAAGGAGUUUGGGACAUCUGUGGUUCAGAGGAGGUGUUUUUAG